AUGGAGGAGGAGUUAGCCAAUUUGACUUUGUUGGAUGAAGAGGAGGCGUCGUUUCAAAAAGAUCUAGCGGUGGUGGAUCGUAAUUAUCAGUUUUGCUUGGUGGGGCGCUGUCUAACAGACAGUAUUGUUCAUUUUCCUUCUUUACGAAAUACUAUGACGAAUCUUUGGCAUCCAAUUGGAGGGAUUUGUAUCACGGACUUAGGAGACAAACGUUAUAUGUUCCAAAUUUUUAAUGAUGUUGAUGUCCAAAGGGCAGUUUCUGGUACGCCAUGGUUUUUUAAUAAACAUUUGCUUAUUUUGCAAAAAGUUCAAAAUGGUGAAGAUCCGACAACGCUGGCAUUAACUUUUACUGAAUUUUGGGUUCAAGUUCAUGAAUUACCUUCAGGUCUGAUGACUGAGACUAUGGCCAAACAGUUUGGGGAUUUUUUGGGAAAAUUCAUUGAUCAUGAUACAUCCUUGGGGUUUCAAAAAUACAUCCGAAUUCUUGUUCGUUUGGAUGUCACUGCACCAUUGAAACGUAAGAAGAAGAUUCAGUUUGGGAAAAUUAUGACUGCUUAUUCUCAAUUUAAGUACGAGAAGUUAAGUCUGUUCUGCUUCAUUUGUGGAAAAUUAGGACAUGUGGUAAGCAGGUGGUUGCGUGAAGCUGAUGGGUCACAGUGUCUUGAUGAUAAUAUGGAAAGUUUCAGUCAAGGCAAUAAUUUUAAUGUUGCAAGAGAUUCUAAGCGGAAUUUUGGGGGAGAUUUUAGGAAUCAAGUAUCAAAUCUCAAUUUAAUUCCAAUGGGAUCAAAUCAACAGUUUUCCGUUAAUGAGCAGAGUAAUUGGCGAAAUAAGGGCAAGGAUAUUUCAAAUAUGGAUAGGUUGGUCAAUGGUCCUAUGGACCUGGUCUUCGUGGCGGAAAAUGAUCCAAUAACUGUGAUGGAAGGAAAAAAACGGUAG